UUCCUUACAAAAACAAAAAACUCGACUUCCGGUUUCCCAGGUAUUCCACAAGGAAGUGACUCGCAGCUGAAUUUACUUCAUAAAAACACCACAAAAAGCCACAAAGACUUAGCAAAGAAGGAUCCAGACAACAUAAGAGCGUCUCGAGUCUUUGGCUGCGUCUCCGCGAGCUUUAAUGGGGAAAGGGAGAAGAUGUUUAAAUCGCAUUUUACUCCUGGGAGCGGUGGGAAUCUUCCUCAUCUGUCUCGUCUUUGAUGGGAGACUGAUUAUCAGCUCGUCCUCGUCAUAUGUGGCCUAUCCAGGAAACUAUAAAUUCAUCAUGGAUGACACACCAGUGUGUAAAACCAGGGAUCCCUUCCUGAUCGUGAUGGUCCCUGUUGCACCUGCUGGUGUGGAAGUUCGGGACGCCAUUCGAGAGACAUGGGGGAGUGAGAAAGUGGUUCUGGGUCAGGUGGUGGACACCCUCUUCAUACUGGGUCAACCUGGAGGAGCUGAUGCCGUGCAGGUGCAAGAGAAGCUCCAGCACGAGAACCAGGAGCACCACGAUCUGAUUCAGAGCAACUUCCGGGACAGCUACUUCAAUCUGACCAUCAAGACUAUGGUCAUGCUGGAGUGGCUGGUUGCAAACUGUAAAAGUACUUCUUACAUCAUAAAGAUUGACUCCGAUACGCUACUCCACGUCCCGAAUUUGGUUAAACUUCUGCUGGACCCGAGCACGGCCAAACAAAACUACAUGUCAGGUUUGAUUUGGUGGCACAGCCCAGUUUUAAGAAACCCAUUUGCAAAGUUCUACGUACCAAGACGUGUGAUUGCUGAGCCAGAGUACCCCCCAUAUCCUCUGGGCAUGGCCUAUGUCAUGUCUAUGGACCUUCCCGGCAAAAUUCUCAGCGUCUCUCCUCAGAUUAAACCACUCUACAUUGAAGACGCUUACCUGGGUAUGUGUCUGAAUCACCUGGGCAUUACCCCCACUCACCCACCUGCACCCGGUAUGUUUGAAGUCGAACCCAAGCAUCCACUGAGCAACUGCAGCCUUUCAAAAGCGGUUGUUGUGAUGACAACAGGCAUACCAUUGAUGAAGAAUUACUGGCGGAGGAGCAAUGACCCGGACCUUAAAUGCUGAACGUCACUAUGCUUCUUUGACUUUUGUUUGGGUUAAAUUCAUCUGACUGAAGUGUGACAAAUAUGCAGAAAAUUGUGUUUGUAUAGAACUUAACAAAAAUAAAACAGAGCUGCUGGA